AUGUCGUCAACUAUUGGCGGAAAGAAAACCUACGAGCAGCUAUGUCAAUUGUUGGCAUCUCAUUUCACACCUACGACAGCGGUUCACAAAGAAAGGAGAACAUUUUUCACGGCAAAGCGGGGUGAACACGCAACUGAAACAGUUAACUCAUGGGUGGCAAGAAUCAAACGCUUAUCAGCCAACUGUAAGUUUGGUGAGCAUUUGGAACAUAACCUAACCAACAAAUUGAUAAGUGGUUUAUCCGGGCGUGCGUUGGCUAGAAUCUGCGAGGAGGACGAAACGGUCACGUUUGAAAAAGUCAAGGAGCUGGCGUUGAGGUACGAGCUGGACGAAGAGCGAAUGAACCGUGAAGAGCAAAUCAAUGCAGUGCGUCAACAACGAAAUUGGGGCAAAAGCGAGGAAGGAAACAAAAAUAUACCGGCGAAAUCAGUAAGCGAAGAUGUUGGGUGUUACGCGUGUGGACACGUAAGGGCGACCUGUCGCUUUCGUAUGUGCAACUGCGGCAAACGAGGCCAUCUGGCAGCAGUCUGCCGAAUGAAGAGAAAGCAUCAUGUGGGCAACCAAGAACAAAAUACACAAGAAGGAUCCGAUUGCGACGACUGCAUCGGACCUGAGCAGAAUUACAUUAGUAAGCCUAUUCUAUUCACUAUCAAUAAGUUACGAAGUAUUCCUGACAAGCCGACCAAAGUAGGAGUAAGAAUAGGCGGACGAAAUCUCAGCUUAUGA